AUGAAUACGCAGUGUAGAAUCCUCUACUUAUUGCUUAUCAUUACGAUCGCAAUCUUGAUUUAUCCUGUUAAAAGUAUCAGAUCGAACUCCGAUCAACAAUCGUUCGAACAUGAACAGCACUCUGACUCGGAUUUAUCAGGACAAGUACUGGAGUUAAGCUCCAUUAAUGAUUAUGAAGAUAUUGAUACGUAUAUACAACCGUCGUUCUAUCAUUAUGACUUUCAUCAGUCACUGAAUGAAAGUCAUCAAUUUGCAAAUUCUCAAAAUCUGGCCAUACCAAAACUAAUCUCGGGUUCAGAUGAAACUUUACUUGAACGUCAUAAACGUGAUGUGACGUGGAUUUUUGAUACAUCUCAAACAUUAGCUAUGGAUGGUAGUGGUACAUUUACGGAAGAUGAAACUACCGAACUUACAACUCAGGCAGCAUCUACUUCCACAACCACAAUGCGUCCACCAGUGUGUACUUGGACUAAUUGGGUUCCACUCACCAACUGUACACCCAGUUGCGGAAGUGCUCAACGCCGUGAAAUCAGAUCAUGCAUCGACUUCUCUACUGGACUUAGCUGUCACAGUCAGCUGUGUGGUGGUGGUAAUGCUACACGAAAUAUCUCGUGCACUACUUCUCCACCAUGUCCAACACUUCCCAUCAUUCCACAACCUUCCAUUCGUGAUCCACAAGUCAGAAUCACCCCCUAUCUUCUCCCAGAUCCUAUGUACUUCUUCGAACAAACAUAUCAACGAAUAUGGACGACGAGUGGUGCACGAGCGAGAGCAGAGAGCAAUGCAGAAGGCAAUGUGUUUGACAUGAACCUGAUUUAUCCUGACGACCUGUUUCGAAUUCAUGUGCAAUCGGUGAUGGUAGCACCGGCACUGUCCUACAUUGAGCGAACACACGGAUAUGGAUCUGUGUUUCGGAGCUAUGUGAUAAUAAGUGGGAACAGCAGUUUCACGAUCAGUAAUGAGAAGGGGAAAUUCGGUUGUGUUGUCAACAAUCAACUGGUACUUACGACUGACUUGGCAAAUGACUUAAAUUAUGAUUUUACCGGUAAUGCCAGCGGUACUGAUCAAUAUAAUUAUCGAAUCAAGCAAAGUCCUAAAGCAGUUGGAAAUGAAACUGUGCCUCAACUAACUGUUUCGCUUUGGUCUGGUUUGACUGCGCAAUGUGAUAUACUCAGCGAAAAUCUGGAUUGUGUCUUGAUAUUACCGGAGAAAUUCCGCACAUUCAUAGAAGGUUUAGCUGGUAAUUUUAAUGGCGAUCCUAGUGACGAUUUAAUGAAUCGACAAACAAAUCAAACAGUCUCCAUCUCGUCUUCAUCAAAUCCUGAGUCAUUGACUAAUGACACGGAUAUUCUGAAUGCUUGCCGUUCCUGGAAAGUGUCGGAUGACGCAACAUCAGAUGAUAAAAGACCUUUGAUGCCACAAGAUUUUGUCGCGUGGUAUAACAACAGCCCAUCAGAGUUUCUCACAACGCUUAGCUCGGCAAUGAGCAAGAAUCUUGUCGAUCAGACAUGUUCAGGAAAGUUUGAGUGUAUUCAUGAUUAUCUUAUUCGUGUAAAUUCGUUCACCAGCAAAGGAUCUACCUCAACACUAGAAUCAACACAAAGCUUUCGACUUGAAAUGGCUGAAACUGUACCAUUUGUCGAUAUUAUUUCACCAGUUACCAUUACGUUGCCCGCCGAUCAAUCAAAUCGCAAUUUCACGUUAACAAUAAAUAUCAAUGCAACGAAGUUGGUUGAUGUUUCAGUAUCUGUCUACACGAAUGGAUCCAUCUACAAUACUCCCUUCGUUGAUUCAACCGUCACGCUGCUAAUCCCCAACAACACUCUUGAAUUUGUGCAUGCUCUAUUAACUAUUCAGUAUGGUACAAACAGUACAUUGGAAAAGUACCUAGAUAUUAUUGUUUGUCUAUGUACCAAUAAUGGUGAUCUCUGCGAACUCACCUACAGUGGGUGCCUGUCACCCAGCGCUUGCACCAUUAAUUGGAACAAUCAAACAACAUGUGUUCCACUCUCUUCUCACGAACAACUACAACAGAAUCGAUCGCACUAUUGCAAUGGCACUUGCUUACAUGGAUACAAUUCAUCAGAUGGAUACACUUGCGAAGAUGUGAACGAGUGCCAAUCAGAUCCGUCCAGAUGUGGACAUGGUGUCUGUAUUAAUCUGUUGGGAUCCUUCACAUGCAACUGCAACAGCGGAUACCGCUUUCACAAUCAAACAUGCAUAGAUAUCGAUGAGUGUAGUGAGCCGAAUAUCGAUGGUAGUUUUCCUCGUCGUUGCUCUGAUGUCGAAGAAUGUACCAAUACUGAUGGUGGCUUCACCUGUGCAUGCAGUCCAAUGUUCAAUGCAUCUGGAACUUGUGUUUAUAAUGACAGUCUUUGUGUCAACGACACUUGCACAGAUGCCGAGAGUGGAAGGGUGCUGUGCUUGCAUGGCUCCGUGAAUGUCAAUAACACCUGUGUUCCAUGGUGUGCUUCGACAUGUGCUGGUUUUUGUGAUCUUAUCAAUGGUACAUAUCAGUGCAACUGCAUGAAAUAUGCAGGUUUUCAUCAUUCUGCUGAUGGGAAACGAUGCGUCGAGUGUGACAAUCUUGAAUAUGGAUAUGGAUGUGCGGAGAAAUGUGAAUGUAGUCAUGGCACUUGUAAUCGAAAUGCAUCGCAUGUGAAUGAAAGCUGUAUUUGUGAUGUUGGCUACCAGUCACCGGAUUGUGUUCGACUUGUGGAUGCAUGUGAAAGUGGCAAUGCGUGCAACAACAUGACUGAGAACUGCAUAGUUGAUCCAAAGAAUGGUAGUGCGAUUUGUAGCUGUAAAGCUGGAUAUGAGCGAAAUGAAGCGAGUGGAAUUUGUGAAGAUGUUGAUGAGUGUGCACAAAAUGCAUCUUUGAGAAGUUCUAUAUGUGUGAAUGAAGUCGGAGGUUAUCGAUGUGAUUGCAAAGAAGGAUAUGAAAUAAGAAAUGGAACUUGUGUCGACAUUGACGAAUGCAUGGCAUCAAUAGCAAGUUGUGGAAAUUAUAAUAAUACAGAAUGUGUGAACACAGCAGGCUCCUUUGAUUGCUGGUGUGUUGAUGGCCAUUCAUUAGGAGGUAAUUCUGCUUUGGAACAUGGAAAUGCUCGAAAUUCAAGUGAAUCAUGUUUGUCGACGGUGUAUUCAACACUUUGUGAAAAUGGAUGUAAAAGUCCUGCUUUGUGUACUGCUACAACAGGUCGAUGCUCAUGUGUAGCAUCUAAAUUGUAUCUUGCUGUUUCGUCUGAUCCAACCAAAGAAACAUGUCAUUGUUUUGAUCAUCCUUUUGUUUAUUACAAUGGAAUUGAAUGUGUUAAUGCAACUGGACAAACAUGGAUUCUAUUGCAUAUGAAGUUCAAAACCAUGGCUCGCAGUACUUUCAUCAAUGAUUCGGCAUCAACAGCACUGGAAAAUCAAAUUGUAGAUAUAUUGGGUAAUAUGAGUAUAUUAUGCGAUGAUCCAUGCAUAGAAACCUUCGAUACUGAAAAUGUUGCUUUACCGGACCUACAGUUCUUCAUCACCCUAAAUGCAACACUCAACUCUACGGAGCGUGCGGAAUUAGCGAAACGUCUUUUCAACCGCAAUGCUGCGUAUAAUGAAAGUUAUACAUUAACAUUAAUUCAAAUCAUUGUCGAUACAGCAACACGAAUCCCAGAAAACUAUACGUAUGAAGGCCAAUGGACAACAGUAGCACCGGAGACAUCAACAUUAUUUAUAAUUGAAGAAUCAACUAGUGCAACACGUAGUGUAUCAGGAACUAUCGUUGAUGAUACUACAUCGGCUUUGCCUACACUCGUAGAAACAAUGACCGAGAAUACAGUUAUUAUGGAUGUGACCGGUUCUCUUACUACAGACUUACCAAUGGCAAAUGCGACACUAGCAACUGGUUCUGAUACAUAUAUAACCAGUUCAGCAUCAUUACUGCCAGAUAACACGUCUACUACUACGACAGACAAGAUUAUUGUUAAUACUGAUUCAACUCUGAGCACUAUCGAAACAACUGGUACUGGUGCUACUACUCUUCUAAUAGAAGAAACACCAACGCACUUAACAACUAAUCAGAGUGAAAUAGCUGAACUAACAACUCCUAUGCCGGCUUCAAUAUCACUAUUUCCCGAUGAUGCUACUGGAACAACUGAUGCAAAUACGGAUGUCACCGUAGUUCCCACGACUACAUCUCAGAGUGACUUGACAGCACAUUACACUAGUGAAACUCAGCCACCAAUGGAUGUAACAAAUGAAACGGUUUUCACAGUAGUACCAACCUAUUUCUCCACUGUAUCCUUGUCAGCUGCUACUCUUCCUAUGACAAUGAUAUCUCGCGAUACGAAUAUUGUCACGUCAGUGAUGUCGACCACAACAGUUACCGAUGCCAGUUUCACACAUGAAAUUACGGAUAUAUCUAGCAGCCCACAUAUUUUCACUGAAUCUGUGACAUCUGCAACAGAAAACAAUCUUUCCGAGACAACGAUGGGGACAAUCGGAACGACACAAGCUCUGAAAGUUACUUCAGAUUCAAAUUCCAUAAACACAACAGCAACUUCAUCAAGUGAAGAUACUACGAUUAAUGGCACGAGUCCUACAAGUGUAACAGAAACAAGUGUUUCAUCAGACACAACGGCCUAUCAUGUCAACUUUAGCACAAGUUACACAAUACAUGCCACAGAAAAUCUUACACCUAUCAUUUCUCCAACAACAGCUUUACCCCCUUCGAUUUCCACUCCCAAAGAGAAUACAACAAUCUUUUCUACAAUCACAAGUUUCUCACCAUUAACUACUGUUUCUGCCAAUGUAACUGUUUCAAGUAACACAACAGUUCAGAAUGUCACUACCACCACUACUUCUCAAACGACUGCCGCAUUCACAACUCCAAUUCCAACUACAACUACUACAACCAUCUCUCAACAGUGUACUUGGACUAAUUGGGUUCCACUCACCAACUGUACACCCAGCUGUGGAAGUGCUCAACGACGUGAAAUCAGAUCAUGCAUCGACUUCUCUACUGGACUUAGCUGUCACAGUCAGCUGUGUGGUGGUGGUAAUGCUACACGAAAUAUCGCGUGCACUACUUCUCCACCAUGUCCAACACUUCCCAUCAUUCCACAACCUUCCAUUCGUGAUCCACAAGUCAGAAUCACUCCCUAUCUUCUCCCAGAUCCUAUGUACUUCUUCGAACAAACAUAUCAACGAAUAUGGGUAUGCCCUUUUCAUCUCAUUCUCACCAUUAUUCCUCCGUCUCGUAGAUAUCUAACAAAGGAUANUCGAAAACACCUUCACACCCUCAUCUUCAUCUUCAUCUCUUCUCUAGCACUUCCCAUCAUUCCACAACCUUCCAUUCGUGAUCCACAAGUCAGAAUCACUCCCUAUCUUCUCCCAGAUCCUAUGUACUUCUUCGAACAAACAUAUCAACGAAUAUGGAUAUCUAACAAAGGAUACAUCUCUUUUGGCAAGCCAUUCUAUAGUCGAACAAUGACAACACCCUCCUUCUCUCGCAUCUCUCAACAAGCACUUGCAGCACCAUUCUGGACCGAUCUGCUCUACGACAAUCUCACAUCUUCGAUCACGAUCAACUGGUUCAGCUCGACAAAUGCAUCUGAGAGUGAUACACAGAUAUACUACGACAUCAUUCAGUCAGCCAUCAAAGCGGCAUGUCCAACUCGUCAGUGUUCAUCUCAGUUUGCAGCUGCUCGAGUAGUUCGAGUUCACUGGCAAAAUCUAGUGUACGAAAUACCAGACCUACAUCAAUCUAUGAACAUCUCGUUUUCUGCCUAUCUGAUCAACACAUAUGAAUAUGAAUCAGCGUACAACGAGCCAGUUCUUCGAUCAUACAUUGCAUAUGAUUAUAGCGAUUUGAGUGAUAGUUUGGGAUCGAUUCGACCAUUUGUUGGAUAUCGUGGAAAAGAAGGAAUGAUGAAAGUGUUCAAUGAUCCAUCAUAUCAACGAAAUGCACCAUUUCUUUCUCAUCCAGAGAAAUCGAAGCGAAGACGCAACUUCUAUACUGGUGGACGGUUUCUCACUGAUUGCGAAGUCACUUUUCUCCGACAAACUCGAUAUAAUAUCUUACAUCCUGCAGAGAAUCUCAAUGAUCUCAUAAACAAUCCUCGAUUUCCAUGUCCGUGCACACUUCGACAAGCACAGAUCGAUAGUCGUUUCGGUCGAUUGGAAAGUGAAACAGCGUAUGAAACAUCACAACACGUUGUUUGUUAUGCACCCAUGACGAGCAACUGGAUUCGACUACGAUGGACAACGAAACUACUUCGACCGCAGACCUGUUGUUACAAUCGAGUGACUCGCGAUCUGAUCACUUCAGGAUAUUUGGCUGGCUCAGUUCUGUCCACUGGUCAGAAUCUGUUUCAUCGAAAUCCGUGGCAGAGACGAAUCAAGUUCUACGAUCAGUGUUGUGCGCCAACACGUCAAACCGGUGCACCGAACUGGGAUCGAUGUCGUUUAUACUAUGAGAUUCAUCCCGCAAGCAGUUGUACAGGCUAUCGAUCACCGUCGAUCGUGAGCGGUGUUGGUGAUCCACAUGUUGACACGAUUGACAGUGGUCGAUACACAUGUCACGUUCAAGGCUAUCGAUCACCGUCGAUCGUGAGCGGUGUUGGUGAUCCACAUGUUGACACGAUUGACAGUGGUCGAUACACAUGUCACGUUCAAGGUUGGUAUGUGUUUGCUCAGACGACGAGUGGUGCACGAGCGAGAGCAGAGAGCAAUGCAGACGGCAAUGUGUUUGACAUGAACCUGAUUUAUCCUGACGACUUGUUUCGAAUUCAUGUGCAAUCGGUGAUGGUUGCACCGGCACUGUCCUACAUUGAGCGAACACACGGAUAUGGAUCUGUGUUUCGGAGCUAUGUGAUAAUAAGUGGGAACAGCAGUUUCACGAUCAGUAAUGAGAAGGGAAAAUUUGGAUUUAAGAUGGGUAGUGGAUUUUCAUUGAACAACGAACUAGCAUCGGAUCUAGAGUUUGACUUUACUAAUGCAAAUGGUAACCAAUCGAACAAUAUAGGCGUAUAUACGUUUCGUUUGAAACAAACAGCUGAAACGGUUAUAAACAGAACGGUACCACAAUUGACGUUAGCUUUAUGGUCCGGUUUGGCUCUGCGAUGCGAAAUUAUCGGAGAAAAUCUGGAAUGUGCAUUGUCUUUACCUACUAAAUUUCGAACGUUGGUAGAAGGUCUGGCGGGUAAUUUCAACGGUGAUCCCACCGAUGACUUGGUCAAUCGUCAGACUAAUACUAAUGUGGUUAUAUCGUCGUCGAACAAUGAUUUGAAUAUUCUUGACGCUUGCCGUUCUUGGAGAGUGUACAGCGACAGUACCCCUGACAUUGACAGACCUAUCAAACCAGGAGCCUUUGCAGAUUGGUACUAUAAUGGUGGAUUCCGUCUACUCGCUGAUGCCAGUCCUGCCUUGACUCAAACAGUUGUUAAUCAAACAUGCUCGACACAUUUUGAAUGCGUUCACGAUUAUCUUAUCAUAGUAAACACAUUUACAAGUCAAGCCACAGCAUUAGCUUUGGACCAAUUAGUUGAAUCAAGGGUCGUAAUAGCUGAAAUGCAACCUACCAUUAAUGUAGCAUUUCCUCUCGAAAUUCGCUUACCAUUUGAUAUCAUCAACCGCAACUACAUAUUACCAAUAGAUAUUGUACCAAUCGGUGGAACUCAGAUCACCAGUAUCAAUGCUAUUCUACAUACCAACAACAGUUCGUCGAACACUCCUGUCACUAAUACGAAUAUAGCUAUUCCAAUACCCAAUGAUACUAAAAACUAUGUCGAAGUUGUAUUGUCUAUCAAGUAUGGCACAAACAGUACAUUGGAAAAGUACCUAGAUAUUAUUGUUUGUCUAUGUACCAAUAAUGGUUCGUGUGACUUUCAACAAACAACAUCCAUCACUCCCCACUACCGCAUUGCAUCAUGCGACUGUCCUCCUCAAUUCGACGAUGUUGAUGAGUGUGCACAAAAUGCAUCUUUGUGUGAAAGGAGAAGUUCUAUAUGUGUGAAUGAAGUCGGAGGUUAUCGAUGUGAUUGCAAAGAAGGAUAUCAGACACUGAAUGGAUCGUGCUUUGAUAUCAAUGAAUGCGAAGUAUCAGCACAAAGCUGUGAGAAUUAUGCAAAUACGUACUGUGCCAAUAUUCAAGGAUCUUAUGAAUGUCGAUGUAGUCAGGGAUUUUCCAUCGAAGGCGAUGUUGGACAUGAAUAUUUAAAUAUUCUAAAUACAAACAAUCGAUGUUUACCAACAAACAAGUCGAUAACUUGUGUGAACACAUGCAGUCCUCCUGGUAUUUGUAGUGCAUCAACUGGUGGCUGUACAUGUCCAAACUCUAUCUUGAACAUUAUCUCGAGUACAAAUACUACUAAACAAACAUGCGAAUGUCCUGGCAGUCCAUUUGUAAACUAUACAAAAAAUAUUUGCGAUUCACCGAUCGCUACUGCCCAAACAUGGCUUGUAUUGGAGUCUCAGAUACCCUCUACGAGAAUUGCAGCAAGUAAAUCAUCUUCCACAUCAAAUUUGAGCACUGAAAUAUCAGAUAUAAUAGCUGGAAUGAACCAGACAUGUAAUGAAUUGUGUAUACAAAUUAAAGAGAUCGGAUACAACACAAUUGGUGGACACUUUAUUGCCUUAGAUGUUUUAUUGAAUGCACCGGAACGUUUACAACUCAUCAAUCAAUUGUUUAGUAAUAGUAAUAAUGUGAAGAGUGGCGUCACAAUACGUAUAAUUAUUAAUGAUCAGACAAAGAAACUUGAAAGUUUCUCCAGUGCAGUGAGACGUUGCCGAGAAUGUGACCUUUUGGGCCGUGGCGACUGCUUAUCAGAUUUCGAGGAUCAGUGCAAAUGUUAUUCAGGCUACGAAGGAUAUCUUUGUCGAACUGAAUCCUCGACGACAGAACCCCUUCUACGAGUAUCGGAAGCUCGAAAAUGGAUUAUUAUUGUCGGCUUGAUCAGUGCGAUAGCCGGUCUUCUUUUAAUUCUGGCAUGUUUUAUGUGCAUAAUUCGUAUUGUAUCCAAUUUUCGAACUAUAUCACCAAAAACAACAAGACAGUCAAUAGGUAACACAACGUACUAUAUACCUCGAGCGCAUGUCCCAACGAUGGGUACUCAUGGUCAAGAUAUCAUGAACUGGGAUGGUUUUACUCUUGAUACAAACAAUGCUCGACAUAAUGAAACAUCCGAUACGUAUCCAUCGAGUUCUUCAACAACUUACAAUCCAACAUAUCGCAUCGACGAAGGUCUAGAGAACGCUGAUUUUACUCUAUUUGAUAAUCUAGAAGCGCGAACAACAAUACCACCAAGACAGAUGAUGGGAAUGACAGGAACAUUGAACAGUUUUCCACGUGAUCGAAUUGAAACACCAGUUGGUGCAUUUUUGGAUUCGAAUGAUUUGGAUGAAACAGAAUUCAUCACCGAUAUGCUAGAAGAUAUGACAAAAGAUGAUGAUCUUCCAGAUGAAUUCAUUGAAGCAUAUAAUCCAUAUUUAAGUAUACCAAGGACACAAACAGAAACAGUUACUUCUUCGAAGCCUCCCUUUUUGCGUAACUCGUGA